AUGGAUCGUGACGGUCUGGUCGUGCUGGGCGAUGUGGCCAACCACUAUGAGGUGGAUGCCAUGCCGCACAAGCGCAUGCUGGCGUUUGUCAAUCACUUUGUUACCUCGACCGCCAGCUUUUUGAAUCAUUUCUCAGUUGCAUGUGAGAAGAAACUUCACACUGUCUCAGACCGACUUGCCAAGCUGGAGGUGACCGUGGCACUGCUGGAGAACAAGUUACAGUCUAUCGAAGGCCUGGAUGGCGUCACAGGUGAACAAUAUGUCUCCACCACACAGACGCCUGCUGCGCCGGCUGCAUCUGCACCAAGUGCCUCGGCUGCUCCGGCACCAACAGAAAGCAACAACGCCCCGGUUGCCCCGGCACCAGACGCUGCACCAAACGCUGCCCCGGCCGCACCCGAAGCUGAACCCGAGACCCCGCGCAUGACUAACCGAGAUGAUCCACGGUACAAAAAGUACUUCAAGAUGAUGGACAUGGGCGUGCCACUACCUGCAGUGCAGACCAAGUUUGCCCUGGAGACUGGGGCUGAUCCCUCAAUCCUGGAAAACCCAGACGCUCCCGUGGGAAACGCGGGUGGUGCCGACGACGACUCGGCCAGCGAAGCAUCCGACUUUUCGGACAACGAGGAUGAGGCAGAUGACUUUUCUGAUUAG